AUGGCGCAGCGAACAAGCGACGAGGCGCGUGGAUGGCAAGAUCUGCGCGCUUCUGUGGCGGAGCUGGAGAAGCAUGUUGCUGCACUGUGCGCGUGCCUGAACGACGCAGGAGUGCUCCAGGAGCAAACCCUGCUUGCUCGGCUCCAUCGGCACCGAUUCGCAGCUGCGGUACAGAGGCACCCGUGCACUUGGGACGCCUCGCUGCAGCAAGCGCUUCGGCCAACUCAGCUGCUGGACUGCGUGCUGCGGCUUGCGGGGCAGUCCACGGCAUUAUCCCUCUGCAUGGCGUCAACCGACCUGUCCCUCGGCGCGGCCGACCUCCGCCGUUCGCGCCUGGCCCCCGCAAGGCUCUACGUCUGCGGCGGACAGCACCGCGGAUUCCAGUCUCUCCGCAGCGCGGAGUGCUUCGACACGGCGAGAGGCACCUGGGAGCUCUUGCCGCCCAUGACGGAGCAACGGGCAGACUUGGCCGCCGCCAGCGCCGGCGGGCGCCUCUACGUCUGCGGCGGUCGCCCGCAGAUCUUCCGGGGCGAGUGCCUGGACUCGGCCGAGUGCUUCGACCCCGCCGUCGGAGCCUGGGCGCCACUGCCGCCGAUGGCGGAGGCCCGCUCCAGGACCCGCGCGGCGGUGCUGCAGGGGCUCCUCUACGUCGUCGGCGGCUACAGCGGCUCCGAGUUCGUGGCCUCCGCGGAGCGCCUCGAUCCAGCCACGGGCCGCUGGGAGGCGCUGCCGCGCAUGUCGGCCGAGCGCGCAGACCCCGCCGUGGCGGUGCUGGGCGGGCGGCUGUACGUCUGCGGCGGCUUCCGGGCCGAGCCGCCCGAGUCCCUCGCCUGCGCCGAGCGGCUCGACCCCGGAGCGGCGGCGCCCCCGGCCUGGGAGGCGCUGCCGGAGAUGCACGCGCGGCGCGCGGAGGCCGUGGCCGCGCCGCUGCUGGGGCACCUCUACGUCUGCGGGGGCUGGUGCCAGGGCGAGCGCCUCCGCGGCGUGGACCGCCUCGCGCACGAGCAUCCGGCGGCGGGGUGGCGGACGUUGCCGCCGAUGCUCGAGCGGCGCUGCGCCGCGAGCGCUGCGGCGAUCGGGGGGCGGCUCUACGUCUACGGCGGCCGCGGGCCGGCGUCCGCUGAGCGCUUCGACCCCGCGCUGGACGCGUGGGAGGCGCUGCCCGCGCCGGCCGGCAGCCGUUCCCUGCCGCUGGCGGCGGUGGCGGCGGGGUGCCUCUAG